CUCUCUCUCUAAAACCGAAGCCACGAGAACCUCAUUAACACUUUUCCCUUAAACCCUAAUAAAACCCACCUCUCGCCGCCGCCAUGGCCGGACUCAGCCGCCUCGAACUGGCCGCCGCGUCGCUGCUGAAACGACGCAGUGUCGGCCUCCUCGCGCCGCCGCGCCGAGCCUACGGAUCGGCCGCCGCGGCUCAGCUGGACUAUUACUCCGACGAGGAAGAAGAGCAUCAAACGGCGGUGGUGGACUCGGCCGGGUGGAUCCCACGGAGAGGGAUACAUUGGGUGCUGAUAGGAGAUCGAGGUGCGAAGAAGCACUUGUACGCCGAGAGGCUCUCGAAGCUUCUGGAAGUUCCCCACAUUUCUAUGGGCACCCUCGUCCGCCAGGAGCUCAACCCUCGCUCUUCUCUCUACAAGCAGAUUGCGAAUGCGGUGAAUGAAGGAAAGCUUGUUCAGGAUGAAGUGAUUUUCGCAUUGUUGUCGAAAAGGCUUGAGGAAGGAUACUACAGAGGUGAAAAUGGAUUCAUUCUUGAUGGGAUUCCUCGAACUAGAAUUCAAGCUGAGUUAGUAGACCAAAUUGCGGAAAUUGAUCUAGUAGUGAAUUUCAAAUCCACUGAUGACUUGGUGAAGAAGAAUCUAGGAACUGGAAGCUUGGCUCUUAGUCAAGAUUAUCUGAGGAUGAGUAACUCCAUGCAUGAUGUAAAUCUGCAGGAAGAACAGCUGAAGUCCGCAAUUGCUGAGAAGAGCAAGUUGUUGGAGGAUUACUACAGAAAACAGAACAAACUCAUUGAUUUUCACAUGAAAGGUGCCCCCGGAGAAACCUGGAAGGGCCUGCUGGCUGCAUUGCAUCUUCAGCAUAUAAAUGCUGUCAGUUCUUCCCAGAAGCUAACUGCAUGAUUAGGUUGCAUCUGGCUCUUUUUUUGACCUCAUUAUUCUUUAGUAUUCCGGCAGUAUAGUAUAUAUGUGAUAUGCGAGUGAGAUUUAAAGAGUUGAUUUGGAGUUUCAAGUGUUGAAUCUUCCGACUCAGUUUUGAAAUUUUAUGGUCUUGUGAGUGCUGUUUUAGUGUAUGGCUUGCGACAUGAGGGUGCAAGUUUGUAAUGUAGUGAAAGAUGAACUGAGAAAACAGUUUGAAAAAUUGAUGUCAAAUGUGAAUGCUGCAAAUUAAGCUACUGUCGAGUAC